AUGAACUCGCAAGGAGAUUUGGAGAGUGUGAUUCGCUCUGCGCGAGCUUUGAUCUUUAGCGUGUCCUUCGAUGGGAACAUUUUAUGCCAGAAUGAAUACGCUGCCGAACUCUUCACUGAGUCAAGCAAAGAGGUUCAAAAUAUCAAGCAGCUGGUCGUCCAACAGAACAAGCAGUUUGAUGAUGCGCUGGCCAAGUGUGUUGCUUCCAAGCAUCCUUUUGACCCUGUGCUUGUGGAAGCUACCCUGCACGGGUGCCAGGGCGAUGUCCCUCUGCUCUUGAGCCUGGUGCGGGAUGACUCCGAGGUCCUUAAAAUACUUGGGCUCUGUUUGUCUCCUUUGCAGAGGAAGCUGGUUGAGGACACCAAGAGUCGCUUAACCUCCCUGGUUGCCCAGGAGUUUCGGUCGCCGCUCAAUGGCAUGGUGGGGCUGACGAUUGCCUUGUGCAAAAGCCCAGCCUUGAGCGCCCCAAUCAAGAAGCAGCUGGGCAUGCUACGCAGCAGCUCCUCAAGACUGCUGGACCUUGUGACGAAUGUCAUGGACGUGGGCCAGGGCUUGCCACAAGAGUCCAAGGUAAACUUCGCGGAGCUGGUGGAGGAAGUCUUCGUGAUGACAAGCUUAGCAGUGGAUAGAUCCAAUUCGCCAUUGGUGAAACCAGGUGUGGAGCUCCAAAAUCAGCUGCGUUACAUGGACCGGCUUCCACUUGUGUUGGGCGAUCGCAACAAGUUUAUCCAUCUCGUGUACAACUUGGUGACCAACGCUUGCAAGUUCACGGCUGUUGGAUCAGUCACAAUAUCUGCAAAGCAUCUAGCUGAGAACAGUGAACUGGAGAUCAUUGUUGAAGAUACCGGAUGUGGCAUUUCUGAGAGCUGUUUGCCUCGGAUUUUCGAGCCAUUCUGGAUUGAUGCGGCGAGACCAAAGCAAGCUCAAACAUUCCAGGGCGCUGGAUUGGGCCUAGCAGUUUGCAAAGAAAUUGCUGAACUACACCACGGGACCAUUAUGGCUGAGUCAAAGGAGAAUGAGGGUUCAACCUUUACCGUGAGGUUUCCUUGCCUCCCAGAAUUUGGUGCCGUGGAAGAUGAGAUGACAAGUCCCUUUAGCCGGUCAGUCACCGUGCCACCGCAGCAAGUGCAACCGCUCGUGGCACCCAGACUCAGCACUACGCCCCCCUCGAGGACGCAAAAGAAAAGGCCAGUCAUUUUGCACGUGGAGUUGGAUGCAAAGAUUCAGAUAUUCUUCAAGCAAUCCUUUGACGAAUAUGAAAUUCUCACUGCAUCUGGUGUGAACAACAUCGAAGAAUGGCUACAAGAAAAGGAUCCAGACAUAAUCCUCUUGGACUUGCGCACCCCACUAGUGCUUUGCCACAAGGUGUGCACCUUCUUCCGACAGCUUCGCCAGCCACCUGCAUUGCUUGUGAGUGUUGACACACCUGGCAUGCUGGCCGUGCAAGCAGUUGAUGAGAAGUUGAAGGAGUCUGCUCUGCUAAAGCCGUUUGACGUGGAUGCCUUAAAGAAGAAAUUCAGUGCGGUCUUGAAGGAGCCGUUGAAGACGGGUGAGUCCUUGGAAAAAACUUUGGUGGAGCUGAUGACCAUGAAAACCGCACUUUUGGAAGACCAAUUCCAGAACGCAUUGACAUCGCAGGUACAGGUACAGCUGGAUGGAACUUCCAAGAGAUCCUGGAAGGAUUCCAAAGGUUCAGGAUUCAAGCCAAAGGUGCAGAAGGACACAGGACAACAAGACAGGUCAAGAUCUUUGGAGGACUCUGAGAUAGAGAGACUCAAGGAGGAGAUAGCGCUAUUGAGGGCCCGGGAUAUGCGUUUGGCAGGGCACAUUCGAUAUCAGAGCUCUCUUAAUAAAGCUGUGCUGCAGGAAUUUGGCGCCGCAACUUCCAGCUCGCGCUUCCCAAUUGAGAAGGUGAACCUCUCAGAAUUGAUCGACGAGAUACUUGCCAAAGCGCAAGCAGGGAAAGUCGCGGGGCUGGAUCGAUUUUCUUCACCAGGAGGCAUUCAUUUCCACAAUGGCUUGAAAGAUCUUGCGCCUAUAGUGAUGGGGCAUCGCAGCAUGAUAGAACAUAUGAUCGUCAAGCUGCUGGAGCAAUGUGCAAUGCUGAUAGGUUCUGUUCGCGAGGUUUCAAUCAUCGGGAAGCAGUUGCCAAACGAGUCACUUGAAGUCACUUUGGAUUGGCCACGAGACGACAAGGAGAAUCAAGAACGUCCCGGGAGGCAAUCUGCCGUGCAAUCCUUUUCCUUGCGUUGCUUCACCAGCCAUGCUCUGCAUUGCGAGGCAACGAGACAGAGGCCUCUACUGCUUGCAGUUGAUGAUGAAGAAGCGCACCAGUCAGUGCUUCGCUCGACGUUAGGAUCAGAAUUUCAGGUGGUUUGUCAUAUGAAUGGACAAGCUGCCCUAGACUGGUUGGAAGGGCAAGACUUGCCAGACAUCAUCUUGCUAGAUGCUGAAAUGAAGGGCCUCACUGGCUAUGAGGCCCUCACUGGCUAUGAGGUUUGCAAGAGCAUCAGGGAGAAGUAUGGAUCCAUCUCUGACCUGCCAGUUAUCCUGAUGUAUGACAAGCCUCCAUCCGCAAUGGCAGCUCUUGAGGGCUUCGACAGUGGGUCCAACGACUUGAUAACAAAGCCCUUUGACCCGCAGCUCUUGAAAGAGAAGGUGGCCUUCCAGCUGGGUAUGGAUGAAGUCAAUGUCAUGCAGGAGGUGCAAAGGCAGAAGAUUCGUUUCUUAGAGAUGCGGGUAUCAGAGCAGGCUUCACAAAUCGGGCAACUACGUGAUUGCCAGAAGGAAAGAUCUGGUCCUAAUCAGCGCGGCGAUUUGCAACCAGAGUUGGAACGGUGGAAGCUACGCAGCAUGCAGGUGGCGAAGAGGCUCUUGUUACAGAGCCAAUCCUUUCCAGCUCCAGAGGUUGCAAUCACGUGA